CGUAGCGAAAGCUCGCGGAGGAGGGGCGAUGAACUCUGCCGCUUGUGGCCGGCGCCUCCUUCUUACUCUUGUCGCCAUGGGAGAAGCUGCUUCUUCUUUUUCUUCUUCUUCCCUCAAGAUGUUCAGUAAACAAGAGGCUUUGCCCGGCAGGGACCGGAGCCUCAUUCGCAUCCUGGGGAAGCAUCAUGUGAAUGGAAACAGCAUGGUCGAACCUUUUCCGCAGGGACUGCAUAUGGCGAUGUUUGGGAUGGGCUGCUUUUGGGGAGCUGAGAGGAAAUUCUGGAGGCAGAAAGGAGUCUACUCAACUCACGUGGGUUAUGCCGGAGGACAGACCCCGAAUCCCAUUUACGAAGAGGUUUGCUCAGGGAGAACCGGCCAUGCUGAAGUAGUCCGAGUGGUGUUUCAGCCAGAAACCAUCAGCUUUGAGAAACUGCUCAAGGUCUUUUGGGAGAAUCAUGACCCAACACAAGGGAUGCGGCAGGGAAAUGAUGUUGGCACGCAGUAUCGGUCUGCCAUCUACACAUUCACCCCAGAACAGAUGGAAGCUGCCUUGAGAUCCAAGGAAGAGUACCAAAAGGUGCUGGCAGAGAAGGGCUUUGGUGCCAUCACAACCGAAAUCCGUGAAGCUCCGGAGUUCUAUUAUGCGGAAGAAUAUCACCAGCAGUACCUCAGCAAGCACCCCAAUGGCUACUGCGGAAUGGGGGGCACCGGGGUCCCCUGCCCCAUCGGUCUCAAGGAGUGAUUCUUGGAAGCAGGACUUCGCCGGAGCCUUAAAAUUCUGCGUAAACUGUUAAGGGGGGGUGCUUUGGAUUUGCAAUAGGGCUUAACUGCAGUCUCCGCUGGAUUAAAUCAAUGGCACUUACUUAGACACAGGGAAAGGCUGAGAGCUGAGUAGCAUAUGGGAAAACGAUACACGUGCUUUCUUUUGUCAAGGGUCUCCUCGUCCUUCUGAGCAGAUCAGGAGCAAGGCUUUCUAGCUAGAAGUCUUUGUUUGGCUCAGGCUUGCUAGCUAGGCUGGUUUUGUGCCACAGAAGUCAGCGGCAGAAGAAAGGUCGGGUGCUGGACUAGCAAAAAGCAGCGUAGCGAUUUGAAGUUGCCUCUGCCUGCUCCCAGAUCGGCUUGCUCCCCAGACUUUCCCACAGAACUGCUGGAUUCUCCACCGCUGCUUGCCUUAGCUCUGGGCCCUCCUGGCCUUGGCAGGGCAGCUGUGGAUUGCAGCCCUUCCGCAACCCUUGAAGGUUGGAUUAUGGAAAGCGGAGGCCCCAUCCGUGUGUUCUUCUUGGACUGUACCAUUACCAACUGCAGGCAGGGGAAAGCAAGAGCUGUCAAUCUGCCAACCGCACAAAUACAAAAUCUGCUAAGAGAAAGUCGGCACAUCCAAGCAAGGUUUAUACCUGUCCCAUUGUACUAACUUGGGCUGGCAUGCUAGCUUGGUAGGGAGAAGGUGCUUGGCAGGAUAGGGUGGAGUUAGACUGCCUCCCUUGAAAGAAAACCAGGAAAACACCCCCACCAUCACAAAAAGUCCUGAAUUCCCUCUGCCCUUUUAUAGGGGAAGAAGGCCCCCUAAGAAUGGCAAAGGACAUUCAGUAGCUUGCUUUGUUUUGUGUUCUUUUCGUUUUGUUUUGCUUAAGUAUAGGAACAUUAAGCAACUGCAGCUUCUCCAUCUGUAGUCUGGAGUGGUACAGUCCAGGAAGGCCUGUACUAGGCUACUCUGCUGAAUAUGGAUGCACCAGAAUCCCACCGCUAAAAUCUGCUGUCUCUGUGGUCCUAAGGUUUUCUAAGAUCUUACACACUGAAUGCCAACACAAAUUUCCACACCAUGCUAGAAAUCUGAAGGAGAAAGAUGAGGCUGUACAUUCUCAAGCAAGAGGCAGAAGAGAUGCUGGGUAAAACUUUUAUUGUGAGCUGCCUUGAGAUCUUUGGGUAGUGGGCGACAUAUACAUGGAAAUAUAGAUAGAUAAAGAUGAUCCCACUGGAAGUGAGUCUGGGGUGAAGGAGCUGCAAGCAGGGACUUCCACCCCCCCCGCCCCAAACCGAUGCCAGGGUAUAUUUAGGCCCGUUGGCCAUAGCUAGCCCCCAAGCCUUGUGCUGUAUUGGGGCCACAGUCUCUGUGUGUGUUACACUGGCAGAAGCUAAUUUGGGCUAAAGGAACGCCAAGGUCCUGGUUUUAAAUCCUAGCCGUGGCAUAAAGCUUUGACUAUCCUCUUGGGACGAUGAGGACACGGGCUGAAGGAAAGCGUGAGCACCAAGUGCUUUGACUCCCGGGAGGUUCCGUUGCUGAAGGAGCCGCUAAGCCAAAUGCCUGUGGUACGAAAGACAACGCUGCCAUUUCUUAAGAUCUUCCGCUCAGGGUACCUUUGCGUUCGCACCAGCAAUGUCUGUGGCAUGCCAGGAUGCCGUAGAACGGAUUCCCUGUUCCUCUCCCCACCUAACCUCACUGAAACGAAGAGAAGACGGCAUCACGUGCGGUGCAGUGCAGGAGCUCAAUCUGCCAGGGGAUCCCCUGGCUUGUGGGUGCAGUUCGAUGAAUUUGCAGAGCCUAGGAGUUGCUUAGCAGCCCCGGUCUUCCCCAGAUGCCACCUUCCCUUCCCCAGCCCACCCCUGUUCCCCCAAUCCACAAAUCAUUUGGUACUUCGCUUGUUUCCUCCUAUUUUGAAGGUCGGAGUGCCUUUUCUACAGCUUAGCGUUUUGCAGCAAGGGCUUUCACGCAAGAAUAAACGGGUAUUUUUGACCUCGCCCCUCCCGCCCUCCUCUCCAAGAGUCCUGAAACCUUCCCAGAGAUGGAAUCUAGCCCUCUUCUGGAAAGCAGUGCAGCGGGAAGGCAGCCGACAAGGCCGGGGGAUUGGCUGGGUCAAACCCUCCCAUCUGGUCCUUAAACAGUGUCCCUGUUGAGCUCCCCGUUAAUGAAAGCACCGGUCCUGAGACUGCCCCGUACUGCUCCUCUCGGCCGACUUUCGCGUGCUGUGGCACACCUGCCCCCUGCUUGAAGCCACGAUCCCGCAACCCUUUCAAGGCACCCUCGUCUCGCCCCACGGCUCGCCGGCGGGAGCAGGCCGGUUCGCUGCUCGAGGAAGCCCAGGCCCGUGGCGUUGUGUGGCAUGUUAUACCUCUGAAUUGUUCUGCUGCUCACUGUCAAGGAAACGAGCACGAUCCUGGGUCUUGCAGCCACGGGGGUGAAAAGGAAGCGCACGGGAGCAAGGACUGUGGCAUGGUUCUGCCUCUUUCCUCGUGCCACCGUCGCCUCUCUGGUCUUUGGUCGGAGGGCAGCAUUCGCUCCCCUGCCGCACGCGUGUGCCCGCACGGGGCCGGGCGAGCCCCCUUUGGGCUUGGACGGGUGCCUUCCACAGAGAGCAGCCCAGCUUCAGCACCACCGUGCGUGGGCCCCUGCGUUUGACCUUGCGCCAGUGCCGAUGCUGCAGCAGACCCAGCGUGUCCGCAGUGGCUUCCAGAAAAUCAAUGGCCCACUUUGGCUAGCGUCCUGUCCCUUUUGUUCUGCUGAUUCAUCAGCACUUAGUGGUGGGUCAUUCCUAGUUCAAUUGCAGCUUGCAGUCGUUUGAGUUCUGCAUCCCCGCCUCCUCUUUCAGUCCUUCCUGGCCUCUCAGAGCCAUUAGAGUAAGGAUCCCGGUAAACAGGCCCUUGGACACAAUGGUCUCUCCUGGUGGAGGCCUUGCCCUCACGUGAAGAUGUCCUGUGCAAAUUCUUAGAGGGGCGGCAAACGCAACCGAGGUUUGAAGGCCAGGUUUCUUGUGGCACAGACGUGUGUGGACAAAAGGUGCUCAGCUGCCAUAUCUGAAAAAUGCAGAGAAUGAAAAAUACGAAAAAAGUCGAGAGGAAAGAGAACGGAAAGCAUCAGCACAAGGUGACAACACCGAGAAAUUUCCAGGCGUCAGAUGUGCACAAGGACAGUGGUGGGUCUCUGUAGCCCUAACGCACUGCGCCUUCUGGUGCUCAUUCCACGGUGGCAGCGGGGAACUCGUUCCUGACCCAGCGGAGACCGAAACCAAUAGGGUCCCUCGACAAAUCCUCCUUCGUCGAUUCAGCCCUGCCCUUGCCCUUCUGGUGUUGUGGCGUUCAUGCAGUGGUGGUUUUGAGAGACCAAAAUAGUUUCCCAUUCUCCACGGGCACUUGUUUUACACUUUCUGGAAACAAAAUCGAAAUUAUAUUUUACUUGGGUUAAACAGUUUACAACCCCCUUUUUAAAGCUAGCGGACAUGCCCCCCUCCCCGCAGCAUCAGUGUCUCUCUGAAAUAUUAACACCGUUUCGACUGACUCACUGGUAGAGAAUGCCACCCUUCAUCUAUCUCCCUUGGGCCCAGCCAUCAUGGCCAGUGGCCAGGGGCAAGGCAGCUUGUAGUCCAGCAUCUGGGAGGCCGCAGACUCUUCACCCCUUCACCUAAUUGGCUGCAAUUCUGCCCCUUUUUGGUCUCCUCUCCAGACCCUCCUGAGUCAUAAAGCAAUGCAAGGAGGGGGGUAUAGGAGCUGAAAAGCGACUAGGCUUGUCUGGGCCAAAAGAGUGGCAGAGUCUCAUGGAAGCAUAAAAGGCUGAGGGCAACUGCAGAGGGAGAGAUCCCGACUCGCUGACGGCCUUGCAGGCAGUUUCUUGGAGCACAGAAUUGCUCCCUUAAAGUCUGAGUGCGGCAGAAGCUUUCGCGGAAUAGAGUCCAUUUGAUUAGACACAUAAAGUAUACAGGUAAGCAUGCAUCAUGCACAUUUCAGCUUAGCUGACUGAAAUAACACCCACGGAGUCCCGCACCCCCAAGAACCGGGCAAGGGACUGAAUAGCGGUCUUGCCACUCACGGUCUUCGAUCAGCCCUCCUCCAGCGGCUUUGGACAGCACCUUCCGGCAUUCCUGUCCUGCUUGGUGGAGUUGGUGGAAGGACAUCCCAUAGGCUGGCCUCCGCUUCCUACAGAACUCAUGAGACGGCACUGGAAUUGGCACUGGAACCAAAGCAGCCUUGCAGGGCAAUUCGUGGACGUUAUCCUGACUGUGCGAUUCAGCAGGGUUUACUUGGAGAGUAAAUCCUCAGGAGGGCUCCAGCUAGACAGGUGAGGUUCUCGCAGCACGGAUUCCGAAUACUGGGUCACCACUGAGGUCUCGGCCAUCUGCGGGGACUGGGCAAGGUGUUGCGGAACGCUCUCGUCAGACAAAGUGCCAAAGUCAACCGUGUUAUUGUGUUCAGAAUAAUGUCCUGGGCCACACUGAAUGGCGUUCAUUUCCGGCAUAACCAUGCUGCAUUUCUGAAGAGUCCUGACUAGAUCUUUUCAUAAAUGCACCAGAAUUCAUGCAAAGGUAUAUUCUUCAGUGAUAAUGCAGAACAUUGCUUUAUCAGUAAUAAGAACGCUACUAUACUCAGUAUUUCUUUAACUUUUCUUGACUGAUUUUUUGGUGCACACUGCCUGAUUCCAUGUAUAGAAUUCCCAGGAAUGACGUGCAAUAUUUAGGUUGAUCCCAUAAUCCCAUUUUCUGUCGACCUUGUUAGGAAACUCAUCUCAGCCUUUCUGCAAUGCAUUGAAUGUCCAUGCUCUUUUUGGGAUGCCUGGUCUUUGUACUUUAUUGGUAACCUAUGCAUUCACACGUCUUCUGGAAUGAGGGAGGACUUUGUUCAAGGUGAGAUUUGUUUUUAAAGUGAAAACAGCCUCAAAUUAGUGCUGCCAAGCCCAAGCCAUGAACAAAUGUCAGUCAUAGAAAGACUGCUGAGUCUCAGAAAAUGUCGGUCGGGAUAGCCACCCUAAAUCUCGAUUAAAGCUUAAUGAAUUGUGGGAACCCUG